GUCAUGCGCCAAGUACCAAUUAAUAAUAUGGCCGUCACCGUCCUGCAAAAUUUCUCGUGACUUUGCACGCUGAUCGCCUUGAAAACACUCAUUUUUGCAAAGGAAGAUGAGCGGUAUCGGCUCGCUCAACUCAACAUGAAUCGCCACCAAGUGUUGACGGGUGCUGUCAAUCCUGGUGAUCGUUGUUUUGCUGUUGGAUACGUUGAAGGCGUUCCUUUUACGGCCUAUGCAUCAGGAUGCAACAUUGUCAUCUUGUCCAGCAACUUCCAACGAGUGCAGAUCAUACCCGGUGAGAACCAAGGCAACAUCCAAGUGGGCUGCAUCGACUGCUCCACGGAGAACGGGAAGAUUGCGGCAUCCUUUGCAAAUCAAGUUUACAUCUUUGAACCAACUCCUCAGGUUCCGGCGCUCAAAAAGAGUUCCCACAAAUUGGACUACCAGUGGUACAAGACUGGCGGCUUCCAGACUGAAUCUCUAGUCAGUAACCUCUCCUGGAAUCACAAUGGGUCACGUAUUCUUACCGGCAGCGACUCCAUCCAGCUCUGGGCCAGCGUCAAUGAUGGGGGCGCUCUUCAGGAUAGGGCCAAGAUAAACAGCGGACUGGACCCAGCGAGGCCGGACAGGGGCUCUCAGUGGGAAAAUAUCUGGACCUGCACGACAGCAACACCAGUCUUCCACUUGCUGUUCUCUCCAGAUGGGCAGUUCUUUGCCUCAGCUGGAAAGGCGGACCGACUAGUGAAAAUAUGGUACCAGACGAGAAAACCCAGCUUCAAGACUGGUGCCCCGACGGAUGGGGAAACUCCCAAAGAAGACGCCUACAGCUUUGUGUAUAUUGCACAUCCCCGAGCGGUUACCGGUUUCUCCUGGAGGCGUACCAGCAAAUAUAUGACAAGUGGAACUGUCGCCAACAUUUUAGUCACGUCUUGCCGGGACAACAUCUGCCGGCUGUGGAGCGAGACCCUGCUCCCUAGCAGCGAACUGAUGGAAUCCUCUACCAAUAACCUGAAUGUGCUCAACAAGAGACGGGACUCCAGACCUCACAAGCGGCCGACCUUCAGUUUAGGAAUGAAAGGAAGCAGGAAAAAGAGAAAAUCGGGCGGUACCUCGGCCAAUCUCUCCACCGCCAGUACUCAGGAGAGCGUAGAGCCUAAUGGGCAUGGCGGUCUACCGCUGCACUUUCACAUUGCAGCAACUAUCAACCCUAACACAGAUAUACCACUACUCCCAGCCAUGGGUAAGAUGUCCAGAGGUAACACGCCAAACUUUGUGGUCAACUGGCUCAACAACAAGGAGCUGCAGUACACGCUGGCUGCAGAAACACUGCUGCAGAUCAAUAGAGAUGAUAAAUCAGAGAGUGACCCGGAAGAUUCCUCAUCGGAGGAAGAGUCUUCAUCAGAGGAUGAGGGCGUGGUAGAAGGAAUGAAUGAAGGGGCGGAUGAGAGGGAAUCGGAGCAAACAAGUCCGACUGUAACUGGAGCUGAUGAGCAUGAUUUUGGCAAUUCUGGUUCAGCCCAGAAUGGAUCCGUCCAGUCUGGUACGGCCACACCGCCUGAAAUCCUGACAGUGGAUACCAACGGUCUAGCCGGCAAACCGUUGAUGCGACCAGAGAACCUAGGCUCCUUCCCCUCGGUGCCUCAGCUGGCCAGCUUGGCUCAUGUGGGCUCCACCCCGCUGGCCAGACUACAGAAGAAGUUUGACAACCUCCUUCGAGAGUGGAACCAGUCCCCUGAUAUGCUGUUCAGUAUUCAUCCGAUUGACGGCUCCUUCCUACUUUGGUUGGUGGACUGGGUGGACGAGACUAUCCCUGGGGUCCACCGCCAGCCCCAGGUCAGCUUCUCCUGCCGGAUACCCCAGGCAUUUCCUGUCCAUGACGCUACCACGCUUUGCACCAACCUGGUGCUGUACCGCAGCAACCUGACCAUGGAUCCACGGGCUGGCCGUAGGCAGCCAAACCUCCUAUCUCCGCGGGAGGAACGUCCUGGUCUGACUCCCAGUUACAGCUUCUCCCAGCGGCUUGGCAUGGUGCCGCCGGGGGUCAACAUCUAUGCAUUCACGCCCAAGGUCUCCAUGCUCUCCAAGCACUCCAAUGGGACCCUGAACCAGUGGGAGAUCAGCUUCUCGGAGAACUCUAAGUUCCAGACGGUCCUUAAUGUUGCCCACAACUCCCGCUGCUGCGGCCACCGCUUCAGCCUCAACGACAUCUCCUGCCAUCCCGUGCUACCCCUCCUGCUCUCCGCCUCCCAUCACAAUAUCCCCAAAGUUGAGGUGGACCGUAAGAUUGUGACCAGUCGGACUCUCAGAGCAUCCUCUGUCGGGCGAAAGUCUUCUAUAAUCUCUGGAGAUGCCGCAGACCCAGCCAACAACAUCAGGCGGAACAGCGCCAUCAACCUGUUUGGCCGGAGCCUGUUAUCUGAGAGCGAACACCACAGACUGGUGUCGCUCUCCAACUCCGUUGCCGAUACAGACGAUCUGGAGAUGGACAUGACAGAGAAAGACGAGGUCAUCAUCCCGGACGAGAUGAUGGAACAGCUGAACCAGGAAAUGAACUGGCCGGACAUGAGUGCACCGACAGGCCUCUGCAGUGAGCUGAUCCUGUGGAGGGUUUACCCCGUUGGACCUCUCACCAAAGGCGGCGGAGUGGUGGAGCUUGCCCGGAUCAACUCUCCCUUCUUGUCUGCAUUCUCCCACGUGGCCUGGUUCCCAAGUCUCUUGCCUAGCUCCUGCUUGGGGGCACUCUCCAACUCGCCCAGUGCUUGUUUUGUGGCUUCCGACGGGUACAGUCUCCGGGUUUUCCAGACGGUGAUUGAUGCUCGGUCUUUUCUGACUGAGGUCCUGCCUGGUACAGACCAGUUUGAGGGUUAUCUGAGCAGCAGCUCACCGAUCAAGAAGUUCAUCGACGCUAAGACCAACGACGACUGCCAGCAACACAAGUCUAGUGUCAUCAGUUUACAGUCCACAGCGCGUCCAGGAUGCAUCAUAGAACUGGAUGCGCUACAAUCAGCAAAACAGGUGUGGAACAAUGUCCAGCUGAUGCACAUUUUCCCGCACCAGAGCGUCACGGAUAAUUCGUCAGUCGGUCCCUCCCUUCCCUGCAUGCCCACUGACGCCACCAGGCCAUAUGCUGACAGAUUCUAUCUGGUCGUCCUGGACCGUAACCCAGCCGGGGAGUCCAUCAUUCACAUGUGGUACUUGGUCGUGGAAGCUAAAAUUCUAGAAGUUGAGAGCGUAAAGGAAAAGGAGCACAUUGAAGAAGACAUCCCAGAUGACUCCUCGGUGGACUCAUCUGAUAGUGAAGCCUCCCACCAGUUUGACUCGAGCGGCGCUCCGCAAGCCACCAUGAAGGUGCGCACCUACUCCCGCAAGGUCUGCACCCAGAAGCUGACCCUCCCUGCAGGGGUCGACGUGGUCAGUGCUACGCCUUCCACCAGCCAUCUCAGUUCCUCCACCAGCUACCCAGCCAUCAUGUCCACCUACAUGUUCUCCACCGCCUGCUCCGACGGCAAGCUCCGCUUCUGGUGCUGCAAGGUCCUGGACCCCGGUGAACGUCGUGGGAGCGCUGAGGAGCUUAAGCUGGAACUUGAAUCGCUGGGCUCUGAUGCCAGCCUGACGGAAGACCCCUGUACUGUGCUCACGGAGGACCUCUUGGCGGAAGCCUCCUACCGGUGGCAGGAGUGGAAGCUGAUGGCUCAGGACUCUGAUCCAAGCAGCAUCGUUGAGGUCCCGGGCACUCCUGUAUCAGUCAGCUGUGCAUACACUGGGAGGAUAGGCUGUGUCUAUCGGACUGACAUCAACCCAAAUUCUCAAGUGCGCAGAAGAGAGCCCCAGGCGAUCCCGCUCCAGGCUUGCAUCUUUGAGUGCGAGUCCAGUGGAGGUUCUGAGUGGGUCUUUGAGGACAAGUUGGACUUGGGGCUUCUGGAUUUGGCGCCCUUAAACAGGGAGACUGGAAGCGAUAUCGAGGAUUUGAACUACAAAAUGAUGAAGCGCAGCUCCAAGGUUGAGGACUUUAUCAAUUUCAAAGACCUGACAGCAAGCACAAGCCCUGCUGCAUUGGACCUUACUAAUGUUAAUCUCAGCCCAAGGGCUGGCCGCAAUAGAAGGAUGAGUCCGUCCUUUCUAGGAGAGAAAAGGGAGCUUCCUGUCCAGAUGACAUGGGUCUCUAAAGAGGAUGGGUCUCAUGUGCUGACUGUUGGCAUGGGCAUGCGAGUCAUUAUCUUUGCACCUGUGCUGCCAAACCGAGCCAACGUACAACUAGGACCUCUCCAGGAGAAGCUCUUAGAGCAAGGCCUACUUGCCAACCCAGGGACCCAAGGAGCUGGGGCAACACUCCUUGCUAAAGAGGACCUAAGGCCCAAAUGGCUGCCGCUUUGGACCAUUGCUCUCACCAGUGUGGACGGCAUCUCACCACUCUCUAAGAUGCUUUCCUGGGUGCGGCCUGGUAUCCUCGUGGUGGGCCUUCAGAACGAGAUGCAUGUGUACUCUCAGUGGAAGGGUCCGGAGCAGCACUUGACCAGUGCCAAGAAGAAAUUGGGAAGGCGCGAAGCUGAUUCUCUGAAGAGGCCAGGUAUGUCAGCCAAGGAGUCAGUAAUCUCCACUGUUUCAAAUCUCUCUGUAGACAUGUUGUCACUCCCAAUGACAAAAUUGGACAGGGAGCAGUCCUACUCUGAACUGACAAGGUUUGCUGGGAUCGACCAGGAGGAUCCUGCUCUUGAGGUAAAUGAGCCCGAGGAGCUUACAUCGGACGUUGGGAUCUUUGAGUACUCCUACAUGGCGUGUCCAGUGCUGCCGCAGUACCAUCCCAAGCAGCUGAUGGAGCUCUUGAACUGUGGUAAAGUGCGACGUGUCAAGGCCAUCCUGGCCCACUUGGUUCGCUGUUUCGCCGGUGAUAGUGCUAUUCAGAGAGCACUGCUGUCAGGCGACAAUGACUCUGUCAACUCAUUACCAGAACCUGAGAAUAACUUCUCAACCAGGCCGCGGUCUGUCAGCAACAGCCCUGUUGACCAGCCUUCACUGGAUGACACCAAGCUGGACUACAUUGAACUGAUGUCUAUCCCACCGCUGCCACUAUAUGCGCUCAUAGCGGCUGACAAAGCUGAAUCCCUUCCUCCACCCUCAACCCCAAGUGUCACUAAAGCAAAUAACCUCGGCUCCAUGCCAAUUGGCAAGGAAUCCAACGCAGAAUACUCCACGCUGUUCUCCUACAGCGUGGACAACUCCGCCUCUCCGACCUUCGAUGUCUUCGCCGAGCCGACAGCAGGUGACCGGAUGAGCAGUGUCACAAUGAAGAUGAACGAUGUCACAUAUUUUGGCAUAGCUCAGCUGCGCUUGCUAACCAAUUACCUAACCCACAUGCAUCUACCUGGGCUGAGCAGCUUAGAUCAGAUGAACCUCCUUGCCCUUGCCGAUACAGUUGCAUCCACCAAGACUGAAGUCACAACCCACAACACGGCAGGCACAGGGACUGCAAUUGGCAAAGAUGGAGCAGGGUAUGCGCACACUACAGGAACAACCUCUACCCAUGCAGGUGAAACGCUAGAUGAAUGCGGCUUGAGAUUUCUCCUUGCCAUGCGUUUCCAUGUCUGUCUGCUGCGCUCCUUGCCUCCAAGACAGCAGGUCCAGCUGCGACACCAGGGCUUAGCCACGUCCCACUUUGCCUGGGCCUUCCACUCCGAGGCGGAGGAGGAGCUCCUGUCUAUCAUCCCUGGGAACCAGGUGGGCAAGCCCACCUGGGCAGAGCUACGGGCCAUGGGCGUCGGCUGGUGGGUCCGCAAUGACAUCACGCUCAGGAGAUGCAUUGAGAAGCUUGCCAAGGUCCAGUUUCAGGCCAAUAAGAACCCACUGGAUGCUGCACUAUUCUACCUUGCCAUGAAGAAAAAGACACUGGUCUGGGGGCUGUUCAGAUCAGUGAGUGAUGUCAGAAUGACCCAGUUCUUCAGCAAUAAUUUCAGCCAAGAGCGAUGGCGGAAGGCGGCCCUCAAGAAUGCCUUUGCCCUGCUGGGACGCCAGCGCUUCGAACACGCUGCGGCCUUCUUCCUCCUAGCCGGUUCCUUAAAGGAUGCAAUCGCUGUCUGCUUGGACAACAUGGAGGACAUCCAGUUAGCUAUGGUAAUCGCGAGACUGUAUGAGGAAGAUUUAGAGAUGCCCACUGCUCAGAAGGAACUCCUGUUUCAGUUUGUCCUGGGAAGGGAGAAGAAUGGGAACCUGGUGGAAGGCAGCCAGCCGUCCAAGGACCCCUUCCUGAGAAGCAUCUCUCACUGGAUGCUUAAGGAGUACACGCAGGCUCUGGAGACGCUCAUCAUCCCGCCAGCAAGGAACAAAAAUGACCGGCAGGAGGUGGAAGCGGACGAGGAGCACUGGGGCAACCCCGACGUCUUCAACUUCUACAACUACCUGAGGACACAUCCGCUGCUGAUCAGGCGACAGUUCGCUGAGCAGGACAAGCCGGCCAAAGGCUCCUCAGUUCUGAUCACAGGCCUCACCAGCGGGGAGGAGGGGGACAGCGUCAUCAAGGACGAGAUCACGAACGUGGAAAGGAAGCUAUUCUUCGCAACAGCGCAUGCCCACUCUGCGGCAGGCUGCCCGAUGUUGACACUGGAAGUGCUGUCCAAACUGCCUCGCGUGAAAUCAAAUGGUUCGUCCUCCAAGGAUUGCACUGAGUUCAAGAAGGAUGCCGAGAUGUCAAUCAACAACCAAGGAAGCAGUUCUGACCUGAUCACCUCAGGAACAAUUGGCAGCUUCAAGGACUCUGGCGUUGCGCCUCAGCCUGCUAAAAAGGGCACUGAUGCAGUUGACUGGAGUCAGCCGUUGACUAAUGGCAAGAUGGAGCUGGGGUUGGAUCUUGAUUGGAGUCAACCUAUAGGAAGUAAGUUUAACGAUGAACUGCAACUGGAAUGGAGCGAUGACAACAGCACGGAUAGUGAUAAGGAGAAUGACAACGAGAAACAAACUGAGCCAGUUCCGAAUCACUUGCAGAAUGGCAAGAACACUGAAGAGAGAACAGACAGCAGGAAGGGGUCCACUGAUGGAGAGACAGGUACAGUGGACGUCUUUGCCCAGCAGCUGAAAUUCUCCUCCUGCCUGAAGAUCAUGAUGGAGGAGCUCAGGACACUGGCAACGGGGUUCGAAGUGGAGGGUGGCCAACUGCGCUAUCAGCUCUACGUGUGGCUUGAGCACGAAGUAGAAAUGCUGAAGGAGCUUUGCAGCUACGGGACGAGCGGCAUCCUGGGCAUGCCAGAGGAGGUAGAUCAGGACGGGGAACAGGAACUGGAGAACAUUGACUGCGUGGCGGAGCGGGCUCUCCACACCCGCUGGAUUGAUCUGGAGGAGAAACGCCAGCGGGCUGCCCGGCGCAAGAAGUGGCUCAAGUCCCAUCAUCACUUGCUGCGGACCCUCAUGAGCUACGCCAUCAUCUACGGGCUGAACGGCGGCGGGUUGACCUCAGUGGCCAUCGAACUAUUGCUGCUCACCCAGGAGAUACAGCAGGAGAGUCUACAGAGACAACUUGCCACUCCCCUGCCACUGCCCACCACCCUGCCAUUGCUGUCAGCCAGCAUCGCUGCAUGCAAGACUGUCAUGACCGACCCGAUACUCUACCUGCGGAACUUCAUGCACGACAUUCUGAACGCCGUCUUGGAUUUAACAGCACCUCCCAACCACAAGCGGCACAUGAGUGCUAAGGUGCAAACCAUCCACAGAAACAGCAUGGCGCUGUCCGCCUGUAUCUACCAGACCCUCUGCGACAGUGACAGCUUCAGUGGUGCGGAAUCCUUCACUAAAGCCACGGGGAUGGACGCGUACGAUGGGCGCAACACCAACGUCAUGUACCGGUCUGGCAAUCUGGUCAGCGUCAGCCGUAGAAAGAGGCAUGCUAGCUGUGAUGGGACAUUGACAGUUACUUCUCUACCAGCAAAGUGGCCAGGCGUUGCAACGUUGCAAGCCCUUCUAACCAAUGAACGUGACGAGGAUUCCUCCACCCCGAACGUCUUCCUCUGCGAGAGCCUCUUCGCCGUCUACAUGAGCAUAAUAGUGCACGCCAUGACGUCCGGUAACGCCAACGAGCUCUUCCGAUUGGCUGCCCAUCCGCUGGACACCAAGAUGUGGUCUUCGGUCUUUGGAGGCGGGGCUAAAGUGCUCGACCAGCCCAAACCCACGCCCUCAGCAGCCACUGCCCCCACCUCAGGAGAUCAGACCCUGACCAAGCAGCGCAAUCGCUACAUGCUACGACUGAUGGGUAAAGCUAGCAGCGGACGCCUGCCGGCCUCGGCCGAGGAGGAGAAACCCACGCCAAGGGACGUCUUCGUACCGCCUGAGACUAGCAUUAUGGAUUACUUCAUGAUCAAGCCAUAUGUCUCGCCCACCCAGGAAGGCAUGGACUUUGACUCUGACGCUAGCGACAGCUCAGAUGACGAGGACAGUGACGAUGACUUCAGCUACCGAGGCGACGACUUGGACCCCUUCGCCCCCAAGAAGCGCUCGAAGCCCAGCCCCGGGGAAACCGAGCACUCGGACUUCAACUCCUACAGCUGGUGCUUGAUGCGUUAUGCCUUCAUCAAGCUGAUCCUGCAUAAGAUACAGUGCUUCCUGCCUCUCAGUGGAAUAGAACUGGCAGAGCUGCCGGUAGCUUCCCCCAAGCUUCACAGCAUCCUCAAACUCCUUGAGCAGUGGCAGCAAGCGCUGAUGAGGAAGCUAGACCUGUUUGCAGGCCCUCCCUUGGAUUACAUUCCAGGCUGUAACGUGGACACGCCCAGUGCAGUGGGCGGGCCGGCCCUGCUACGCUACAAGGGACUACUGGAACCUACCAAUACACCAUUCAGGUGCAAACACAGAGCAGCUCUCCCAACCAAGCGUCUGUGGAACUACUUAGUGAGACAAGAAGUGGUGCAAGACAUCUUCAUCUCCUACAUCUUCAAGAAGAAGAGAUGCUUUGAUGACGCGGUUGACUCAGUACGAGGCAUUCCUGGCUUUGGGACAAUGCCAACUUCCAAGGUCAAACUCAUCCACAAGGAACAGGAGAAGAUACCAGCAUUUUGCUUCAAUAAGGCGGACUGGAAGAACGUGACAAUGAACGGCGAGUACCGAGCCAACCCUACUGGCGUGGUGGUAUCAACGCAGCGGGGCUUGCUAGAACUGGACAUAUCCCUGUUACAGAACCCACAACAAACAUUCUGGAUGGAGGAGGAGAUUGACGAGCACUCAACACCACGAAAUCGAGGCAACACUCUCAGUCAUUUGGAGGAUGAUUUUUUGAUGGUGACUCCCAUCGAGCGCGCCAUGGGGCCUCCCCCCUCGGUCAUCAGCUCCGGCUACUCAAACGAGCUGAAUCUCUCUAACCAAACCGGCCGCGGUACCAACAUCAUAACAAGUCGUCCGUUGUACCACAUCAGAAGACUCGCUGCUCACCCCUCCUUGCCAUACUAUCUGAGUGGCUCCAACGAUGGCAGCGUUCACAUGUGGGAGUGGGGCCACACCCAUAAACUCUACACCCACCGGUUCCCCGGUCAGUACCCAAAGGUCACCCAGAUGUACUUCAACGACCAGGGCAACAAGUUUGGUGUCGCUGAUGAUAGCGGGAAACUCUCCCUGUGGCAAGUUGGGAUGAAUUCGCCGACUGUCACCAAACCUUUCUGGAGCAAGCAGUGCCAUAACAAGGCAUUGUUGGACUUCAAUUUCCUGGGUUCAUCUAGUUUCUUGGCCACGGCGGGGUUGUCGUCUGAAAACAAGAACAUCUGCCUGUGGGACACCCUGAUGCCCAUGAACAAGUCUAUGAUUCACAAUUUCACCUGUCAUGACGGGGGCUGCCCCUGUCUGGCUUACUGCCCACGCCAGCAGAUCCUCAUCACGGGUAGCAAGAAGGGUGACGUCUCCAUCUAUGACAUCCGACAACGCAAGCUACGACACACGUUCCAGGCCCACGACACAGGCAUCAAGUGCCUAACAGUCGACCCCUCCGAGGAGUACUUUGUGACUGGGUCGGCCGAGGGCGAUAUCAAGGUUUGGUGCCUGUCCGUUCACAGCCUGCUCCACUUCUACCCUGGCCAGCACCCGCGGGGGAACUUCUUCCGUCAGUCCGGCAACGGGGUGCUGCAGUUGUCCAUCCUGCCCUCCAGUCACCUUUACUCCUGCGGUGGAGACGGAACCAUGAAGUGGCGGGCGCUACCAGAGUGGGACAGCAUAUUGUAGGCGGGGGCAAAACAGUCCCGUUUCCUCUUUCCAAUUGGCAUACAAUGUUUCUACGAUACCAAAUAUUCACAAAUCUCUUAAUAAAUUCAAGGCCAAUUCACGCACAUUUUGACUGCGUGGAGAAUUUGUUAGUCACAGCAAGUGACGCAUGGCAGUAACUACCUUGUUUCACUUUGUGAAAUUCACAAUUCGCUUUUGCAUAAUGUAACGACUGGCACUGUUGGGAAAAAGUAAAUUCUCACUUUACCCAAUGUGUGUAUCAGACACAUAUUUAUUGGAUCAAAGUACACUUUUUAAAACCUUUCAAAAGACAACAUGAUCAAGUACAAAAUGCAUGUGACUUUUCCUCCGAUCAGCUGAGAAAUUCUUGUAAAGUUUUGAAUUUCCUCAUUUGUUGUGACUCUCUGUUCCAUGGUAAGCAGUACUCAAGCUUCAUUACUUCUCGUUCAUUUACCAAUCUUCACAAUCUGUGGCUAAAACUGUAACUCCUAGAAUUUUAGGCCCCAUCGACUUCACAAUACAGUUAAUGAAGUGAAUGAAAGGUUUGCGGAAA